GCCCAGGUGCCGAUCGCCCCGGGGGGACCCGCAGCGCCGCCCAGAGGGUGCAAAGGGCGCGGGGGCGGGCAUGCAGCGCCCCCGCCUCCCCGGAGCGCUCCCCGCGGGGCUCGGGCUGGAUCCCAGGCGCAGAGGGGACGACUCUAGAACAUCUCAGACCAAGAAACCCUCGUCAGUGCUGAGAAGACCGUCAAGAUGGACAGUGUUUCCUUCCCCCUCAUUGGAAAGGACUUAAGAGAGAACUGAAGUGGCCGAGGCGUUGAGUUCAUCUUCAGGAUGAACGCAUUUAGCUCAGGAGACAGGCCGCAAGACGACCUGCAGCCCUUACUUGUCAACGACAAAAAUGGAAACACUUACGCCUACCACCCCACAGUGCCACCUCCGCGCUGCUCGGCGAGCGGCUGGCCCUGUGCCAACCCAGACGCCAUGGUGGUGGACGAUGAUGCCGAUGUCGCUGCGGACGUUGGUGAAAACAUGGCCUUCAACCCUCUGUGUGUCCAGGAUCCUGAUCACCCGAAGCCUCCGAGUGAUUUCUCUGUAGUCCCAGGGGAGCCUGGGCACCUGCAUAGCAGCUGUCAUCCCCGCAAGGCCCCCCAGGGCCAGAGUGAGGAGCCAGCUCCGCCUUUUGCGCGGAAACCCGAGGAGGGCGCUGGGAGCGGUGCGGACUGCCCGGGUGCCUGGGAGCUGCACCAGACCUUGGACGGGAGAGCAGAUAACGCUCACUGCGCCUUUGCAGAACACCACGCCGUGGGAAAGAGCCAGUCUUUGCACGCCCCUGGGAGCCUGCAGCCAGCUGGCAUGAGAAGUGGAAAUACGUCUCUGUCCUGUUCCCUUUGCCCGGCUUCCCAUUCUGACAAGACACACGUGACGGAGGAGAGCCACGACAGAGGCAUCUUUCAAAGCCCCGAGGCCACAGCCUCUGAGGCCCGGGGGCCAGCGCACACGGUGUCCUCCGAGGUGCUGAUGCAGACAGACGCCUUUGCUCCAGGUGCUGGACACGCCUGUCCGUGUUCUUCAGGGAACGUCACCAGGGAGCACACAGAUGGGCCCCCGCAAAGGCUCGUGGGAGAAGAAGAGACACACGCUCGGGCACCAGCUUCCGAUGGCAUGGACAUCCCCGGUGGGCCUGCAGGAAAGGAGUUCUUUUGUGCAUCUGACGAUGAAGCGCACAGUGAGACGCAUUCAGCGAGCUCACAGGGGCCAGAGGACAUGGGCCAGAAUCCCGGAGAAACGGUGUCUGAUUGUCUCAUUGAUGACGAGUGCCCUUUUGACAACAGCACGGCCCCAGGGCUGCGCCCCGAACCCAAUGUCACCGGGGCCGCACACACACACAUGGCCCCCCAUGACGUGGACCUGGAGAUCCAACAUCAUACCAUAGAGCUGGUCCCAGGUAGCCCCCCUGGACUUGAACUGACUUGGGAUGAAAACGACAUGCUCAUCAGUGCACACGACACCAUGUGCAUGUCCACGCCGGUCCCCAAGCCCCUGAACGCGACCUUUUUUGUUCCCCCCGUCGUCGAGGCGACGGAGAAGUGCGGUCCCCUGGAGAAAAGCCUCUCUAAACCGAACCUGGGAAAGCCCGCAGCCAAGGCAAACAGCCCGAUGGGCAGCAAGGUCAGAAAGAACAAGAUCAUCAGCUACCCGAGGCCCAACUUCAAGAACGUCAAAGCCAAAGUGAUGUCGAGACCUGUGUCGCAGUCCCACGACCCUGCUCUGUCCAAGGUCACACCCAGACCCCAGCUGCCCAGCACCUGCUCACCCCCCUCGACGGUCUCCUCCUCCAGACAGCUGGCCGCACUGAGCCGAGCACGGAGAGCCGACCUGAACGCGGACACGAAGGCAGAAGCCCCAAUCAGCAAGACCCAGAAGCAGCAACUGAACAAGCUCCUCACGAGCCAGGCCGAGCAUGUUGCGACGCAUUCCAAAAACGCUUCCCCCAGGGUUUCCAGAACAACGCCUGCCCCGAGAUCGAAUCGGGAGGAUGUUGACAAGGCAAGCCCUUCCCACUCGGCGUGCGAGCCUGGCUCUGUGGCCGCGUUCCUCCAGAAGUGCAGGGGCCUGUUCUCGGGGACGCUGCAGAGCCCCGAGUGCUUGGACAUGACCUACGUGCCCCACCUCCAGGGGACCGGCCCCGAGGAGAAGGGAGCGCAGGAAAACGGGACCCUUCUGGAGAAACAAGACCCCAAGAAGGACGUUUUGAACGAGACCUUUGACUACGGGUCUCUGUUCUUGGGUUCUGCUUCGAAACCGGCAGUGCCCGCAGGGAGGAACGCACCCAAGCCCGAGGCCUCCGGUUUGCGGAUAACACCAGGUCCGAAGGCCAGAGGGGCCCCUGCUGCUUCCUGCUUGCGGUGCACUAGCAACAGCAGGACUCUCAGUGCUGACCGGACCUUGUCCUUCCAGAGGAUCAGGCGUGUGGCCAGUUCUGGAAAACCUACAUCUUUGAAAACUGCGCCGCCGUCUUGGGUGAAUUUGCCUCGACCGCUUCCCAAGUCCAACGGGUCCCUGAAAAGCUCCGUGCUCCGGCGGACAGGCAGCCCCUCCUCCAUCGCCAGCACCCACAGCGACCUGAACGCUUACAGCAGCAAUUUUGAAAACGGCAGACAGAAGGCUCCCAGAAGUUUAUGUAUCCAAACUCAGACGUCUCCAGAUGUGCUCUCCUCUGAGAAAACGCUUGAGUUGGCUCAGUAUAAGACGAAAUCGGAGAAGCAGAGUCGGUUUAUCCUGCACCUUAAGCAGCUUGUUUCCUGCGGGAAUGCCAAGUUCGAAGCCUUAACAGUUGUGAUUCAGCACCUACUGUCUGAGCGGGAGGAAGCCCUGAAGCAGCACAACACGCUGUCGCAAGAACUCGUGAGCCUCCGGGGAGAGCUGGUCACUGCUUCAACCACCUGUGAGGAAUUAGAAAAAGCCAGGAAUGAGUUGCAAGCAGCUUAUGAAGGAUUUGUCCAGAAGCUGAACCAGCAGCACCAGACGGAUCUAACCGAGCUAGAGAAUCGGCUCAAAGAGUUCUACACCGAGGAGUGUGAGAAGCUCCAGAACAUUUACAUCGAAGAAGCAGAGAAGUACAAAACUCAGCUGCAAGAGCAGUUUGACAACUUGAGUGCUGCCCAUGAAACCUCGAAGUUGGAAAUUGAAGCUAGCCACUCCGACGAAGUAGAAUUACUGAAGAAGGCCUAUGAAAACUCCCUUUCAGAAAUCAAGAAAAGCCAUGAAUUAGAAAAGAAAUCACUCGAGGAUUUGCUUUCUGAGAAGCAGGAAUCCCUAGAGAAACAAAUCACUGAUCUGAAGAGUGAAAAUGAGGCUUUGAAUGAAAAGCUGAAAUCAGAAGAACAAAAAAGACUCUCAAGAGAGAAAGCGAAUUCAAAAAACCCGCAGAUCAUGUACCUGGAGCAGGAGCUGGAGAGCCUGAAGGCCGUGCUGGAGAUCAAGAACGAGAAGCUGCACCAGCAGGACGUGAAGCUGAUGAAGAUGGAGAAACUGGAGGACAACAACACCGCGCUGGUGGACAAGCUGAAGCGCUGCCAGCAGGAGAAUGAGGAGUUAAAAGCUCGGAUAGACAAGCACGUUGCAAUUUCAAGAUCCAUGUGGUUCCUGGCUCUUUUGUCUUCCAGGCAACUGUCCAACGAGCAGGCCACCCUGCAGGAGUGGCUGGAGAAGGAGUCCAAAGUCAACAAGCGCCUGUCCAUGGAGAACGAGGAGCUGCUGUGGAAGCUGCACAACGGGGACCUGUGCGGCUCCGACAGGUCCCCCACGUCCCCCGCCAUCCCCUUCCAGUCGCCGCGGAACUCCGGCUCCUUCCCCAGCCCCAGCGUGUCGCCCAGAUGACGCCUCGGCCGGCGGGAGACUGUCUGGGAGCACCGCCAUGGGCCGCAGGGCCGACCCUCCCCGCGGCCGAGGGGCCAGGAGCCACGUGGGCCCGCGUGUCGUUGGCGCCUGGACCUGCGCAGUCUGGGCCCGGCGCCCAGGGGCACACAGGCCUCUGGCUGGGAGGCUCCGUCCUCCCCAAAGGAUUUCGGAACCGGCCUACACGGACGUUUGCACAAAGCACUUAAAGAACAUUGCCUUUCUCACGUGGGCAUAAGGGGAAAAACUCUCAGGGGCCUCUUGACGAUAAAGAUUUAUAACCUUCCUAAUGUCCUCUGCCGCAGGCACCUUCUUGUGAUUUUUACCUGGGGGAUGUGUGAAUAAAAGGGUGUAGCGCGCGUCCUGUGUCUGGUGCGGCCUUCUUCGCCGUGUACGGCCGGCCGCCAGCCGCGUGCGUCUGGGCCUGUGCUCGCCGGCUAAGGCGGUGUAUGCGUCUCUGCAAAAAGCCAUAGAAGGAAGAGCGAUCGCUGCCUGAACGAUGGCGCUCUCUGCCCCCCACUCCGCUCCGCCCUCCGGCGCGGGGUGGGGUGGGAGGUGACAGGAAGUGUUUCGAUGGGUCUGCGUCUGUGCAGCGUCUGUACCCUUCGGAGUCUCUGGGCAUUCUUUCCGUGUUCAGCCAUGUCAGUUAAAACCAGCUAGAUACAUGUGUGUGUGUGUGUGUGUGUUUUCUGUAGAGUUUUCACGCUUCCACGUGAACCUAACGUUUUGCUACGAUCCACUUUCUCAGGCUACGAGCAGACGUAAAACCCAAAUUUUUCUAAAGUUCUGCAGAAGGAAUUGGGGCGGCAGCCGUGGGUCGCCCCUGCCUCCCGUGUACCGUGACCUAAGCUGUCCUCGGCGGUGUCCGCUGCUGUCUGCUCCCCUCCUCCUCCUCGCGUUCCUGCCUGCCCUCGCCCAGCGAGAGCCUCCAAAGCAACCCUCCUACCUCCUUCCUACCGCGCUCUGGGGCAGGGAUGGUGGCACGUGCUUUUCCAGAGCCAGCUCCUCCUCAAGGUGCUGCCACCGCCCUCCACACAAGCCACAGCCUGGGUCUGACAGGACAAGCUCUGGGAGACCCUGGAAGGAAUCGAGAACAAGUCAGUCGUUCUCGCAGGGCUGAGGAAGGCGGGCUCUGUGCGUCUCGAUGGACAGGGCUACCUUGGUGCAACCAGCGAUGCAGCAUCUCAUAGGACAUAACGCCAUUUGUGCCCUGAGGAAUCCUUCUGCCUCUGGCAAGGCAGAACGGCCAGCUUACGAGUAGGCAGUGCGGCUUUUUCUACUCGUAGGACUCUCCUCCGGGUUGCAUUUCAUUUUCUCUCCCAAACUUCACGUAUGACCCCCCUCCCCUCCUUCAGUUCUCAUCCUUUGGGGGAGGGAAAGGAAGCACUGUGGCUUCUCCCACCCUGCCCCCGCCCCCCUCAUGUGUCAACAUGGUGAUGUCAGGGUUUACUAACCUGCAUCGCUGACGUUCGACAGCUGGACAGACAGCCCCCGUGGUAAGAGCAGGUCCAGGAUGCCAGAGGCGGGUGUCUGAGUCAUCGUUACAUGUACACUACCUAGCAAAUUAAUACUCCUGAUGCAUGGUGUUGUUUUUCUUUUCUAAUUAUUAGUGAUCGAGUCUGAAGUCUAAGUUUCACUAGUGCAUUAUGUAUGUAACCUUCUGACAAACGGGAACCACCUUCCGAGGUCUCCCUCUGCUUACCCCUUCCAGCUGUGCUGUGUCCUUGGCCGGAGUUGGGUUUGCCAUCCGUACCCGCGCAUGGCAAAUCUCCCGCUGACCCCUGCUCUCCUCCAGGCCCUGUAGGUGUCUGCGGAAGUCAGUCUUACACAGUUAGUGUAAAGUGUCUCCCGAGAAUGGGAGACAGUGGGAGAGAAGGCAGGAAACAAUGUGGAGAAUGUGGAGAUUGUCUUCAAACCAAACGUUUCAUGUACGGUGUACAGUGUCGGCACGUCACACAGUGUCCGAUGUGUAAAAACGAUAAUUGUGCUCCGUUUGUAAUGAUGCCACGUGUAUUUUUACCUUGAUUAAAUAAACAAUGCUGGAAUAUUUAAUA